GCGGCAGCGGCAGCAGCAGGAGCAUCCCCGGCUGCUGGUCGCGACGGCGGCGGGGCGCCCCCUCCCCCGUGCCGGGGCGCGGCGGAGGGAUGUGGGGCUUUGCGGGAGGAAGGCUUUUCGGCAUCUUCUCGGCCCCGGUGCUGGUGGCGGUGGUGUGCUGCGCCCAGAGCGUGAACGAUCCCGGGAACAUGUCCUUUGUGAAGGAGACGGUGGAUAAGCUGUUGAAAGGCUACGACAUUCGUCUGAGACCCGACUUCGGGGGUCCCCCGGUCUGCGUGGGGAUGAACAUCGACAUCGCCAGCAUCGACAUGGUCUCCGAAGUCAACAUGGAUUAUACCUUAACCAUGUAUUUUCAACAAUAUUGGAGAGAUAAAAGGCUCGCCUAUUCUGGGAUCCCUCUCAACCUCACGCUUGACAAUCGAGUGGCUGACCAGCUAUGGGUCCCCGACACAUAUUUCUUAAAUGACAAAAAGUCAUUUGUGCAUGGAGUGACAGUGAAAAACCGUAUGAUCCGCCUGCACCCUGACGGGACCGUGCUGUACGGGCUCAGAAUCACCACGACGGCCGCAUGCAUGAUGGACCUCCGGAGGUACCCGCUGGACGAGCAGAACUGCACCCUGGAAAUCGAAAGCUAUGGCUACACCACAGAUGACAUUGAAUUUUACUGGCGCGGCGGGGACAAAGCUGUGACGGGAGUGGAAAGGAUCGAGCUCCCUCAGUUCUCCAUUGUGGAGCAUCGUCUGGUCUCGAGGAAUGUCGUCUUUGCCACAGGUGCCUAUCCUCGACUCUCGCUGAGCUUCCGGUUGAAGAGAAACAUUGGUUACUUCAUUCUUCAGACUUACAUGCCCUCCAUACUGAUAACUAUCCUCUCCUGGGUGUCCUUCUGGAUCAAUUAUGAUGCAUCUGCUGCUAGAGUUGCCCUUGGGAUCACGACCGUGCUGACGAUGACCACCAUCAACACCCACCUCCGGGAGACCCUGCCCAAGAUCCCCUAUGUCAAAGCCAUCGACAUGUACCUAAUGGGCUGCUUCGUCUUUGUUUUCCUGGCCCUUCUGGAGUACGCCUUUGUCAACUACAUCUUCUUUGGAAGAGGCCCUCAAAGGCAGAAGAAGCUUGCAGAAAAGACAGCCAAGGCCAAGAAUGACCGUUCGAAGAGUGGGAGCGACCGGGUGGAUGCCCACGGGAAUAUUCUGUUAACGUCGCUGGAGGUUCACAAUGAAAUGAACGAGGUGGCAGGCGGUGUCGGCGACACCAGGAAUUCAGCAAUAUCCUUUGACAACUCAGGAAUCCAGUACAGGAAACAGAGUGUGCCCAGGGAAGGGCAUGGGCGGUUCGCAGGGGACAGAAGCAUCCCACACAAGAAGACUCACCUACGGAGGAGGUCUUCACAGCUCAAAAUCAAAAUCCCCGAUCUAACCGAUGUGAAUGCCAUAGACAGGUGGUCCAGGAUCGUGUUCCCAUUCACUUUUUCUCUUUUCAACUUAGUUUACUGGCUGUACUAUGUUAACUGAGUGACUGUACUUGAUUUUUCAAAGACUUCCUUUAACACUGAGUGAAAUAUUACUCUGCCUGUCAAGUUUUUAUACCUGUACACACACAGACAGACACACACGCAGACACACACGUGUAUACAUACGCAAUUGUAUAUAUAUGUGAACUUUCUCAGCAUAUAUAUAAAAUACUGUGUAUAUGAGGAUGUGUGUGUAUAUGUUUAUACACAUGGGUUGUAAGUACCUGUGUGGACAGAAAACAAAUACACAUACAUGCAUACAUUUUGCAGCUACGGACAAUUUAACACAGGAUGCAUAUUAAAGAAAGAGUUGUUUUUUUUUCUUUUUUAAUGGAAAGGGACAAGUUGUCAUCUAAUAUUAUGCCUUGAGAAUGAGGGCGUGAAACACAAUAUCAUCCCCAAGUGUGUCUUUUAUUAUCAUUAAGUUAGAUGUUUUAGUUUAAAGAUCAGAAAGACAUUCUUAGUUAAUCUUUGCAAACACACACAGUGGUACCGCUUGUUGACAAUGAGUCACACACUUCACAUCCUCUUUCAGUUUAGCGAGCGCAGGCUUUCUGGCUGUGCUGGUGGUGGGUUUAUUUUCGCCAGGCAUACUUUUUCUGUAACGGUUUAGGGGACAGGUGAGCUGCGGGCAGUGUGCUCACUCAAUCGUAGAGAGAGCCUACGCAGAUGUCUGAAUGGCCAUCUUUUGAAAACCCAUCCAGAGCAAAUGGCAUCUGGUUGUGAGUACUCUAAUACACAGUGUGUGGGAUUUUCGUUGUUCAUUUGGAGUGGAUCCAGCUCAGCUGUCACAUGGGAACACCAUGGCACGUUUUGGCAAUGACAUUUCAAUCGCCAAAAAGUGCUCUACAUCUAGUGCGGAUUUCUAGCGCUGACAUCCAAUGGAAAGCAUAGACAACUCAGGUUAUUUGUUCCUCUAAGGUAAAAAAAGAAACACAUCUAGGAUGAUUUUUCCCCCCCUUGCAGUUAUGUUAUCGAUCAUUCUUAUAACAUUGUAUGUUAAUAGAAAAUAUAUUUGCAUAAUAUGCAUAUAUAUGUAUAUUUACCAGGAUUUUGUUUCUUAUGCUUGCUACCAUGGCAGCAUGCAAGGUCGUAUUUUUCCUUUAUGUGAUGUAUAACUACUUUCUGUUACCUAGAAAUUAAGAUUGAAGCGAAAACACUUCUGCUGUUCAAUUUCAGAAACUAAGAGACACCCUCAUGCCUGUAUUUCUGUACCCGACAUAUUUCAUAAGCACAUCCAGCUACUUCUAGGCUGACUAGGAUUCUGCAGGAGCAUGACCCCCACACACCACGCAUCACCUCACCACCCAUGACCGUUUUCGGAGGCAGAGGAAGGCAACCAGGCAACACACGCAGUCGCUCUGGGUUCCUUCUGCUCCACAGCCUCAUCCGUAUUUGGACUUUUUAAAGCUUAUAGAACGAAGACAUGGUGCACCGGUUUCAUAGAAGCAACCUUAACUUACUAUUUAGAUGAGAUCUUUCUAAAGAAAAAAAAAGAGAUGAUAUAUUUUUUGUAAACAAUAUUUCUACCACAGGCAUCCAUAAACUGCAAUGACUAAGGUGUGCUAACAGGUGUCACAGUGAAGUUGAGCAUUUGGAGAAAAAAAUUAAAAGCAAAAUACACAGGAAGAACUGCUAAAUUAAUACUUUAUCCCAAAAUGCCAAAUAUGCCUCACCCCCUCUGUUCUAUACAAAACAAAUGACCAGAGUCUAGCGCAGCACCCUUUUGGCUGGUACCAGUGUCCUCAGAGGGAGGGAGAGGCACCACCCUUCUGGGGAUGUGUAUGGUGUGGACGAUCGCCAUGAGCCAACCGCUAUUUGAUCUUUUUUUUUUUUUUUUCUUUUUUGGUGGACGUAACAACUUUUAGUUUGUGAGCAUCCAUAACAGCCCACCAUCAGACAAAACAUGAUCCACAAAAUCUCAUGCUAGAGGCAACUAAUAAUUUUUAUGCCCUUUCCCUUCCUUCAUUCUUAUCUCUCUUCAACGUCUUCUCCCGGCCGCUGCUCUCUGGUUUUAUUUUUACCUGGAGAUGAAGCCAGUGAUUUUUUUGUUUGGGUUUUUUUUAGUCCUUGGCUUUUUCUCUGACAAUUAUUUUUCAUGGGUAACAAUGGGGGAUCCUAAAGGUUAAACAGAUUGGGAAAAACCUUGUAAGUGGCCUUAUUGUUAACAUGUUAAAGAAAAAAAAAAUUGCAAAGACCUUAUCCCUUUCAGUAUAUCAGGUAUCUUUUUCUGUAUCUGGUAAUUUGAAGUGUGAGCUCCACAUGCAGAAGAGGGACCCCAAAGUGGAAACGGCCGUGGGAAAGAAGCAAUCGGUGGUCUGUUUACGUGUGUGAUUUAUACUAUUCAGAACUGUGACAUUACUUACUACUGGGAGAAAAGUGAUCUAAAACCUUUUCAAUGCAUAGUUGAGGUACCCAAAUAUCAAAGGCAGAGACCCCAGGGGCUCACAGAGCUGCAGUCUACUUCCCAAGGUUUUCUGGAUAUAAAUUUGCAUGGUAUAGUCAUAAUAGCUUUUGAGCUUUUUAUAUGCAUUUGCCACCAAGACUGGGAUCCACAACUUUGUAGACACUGCGAUGAAGUUAACAUAAUAGCUAUAGUAUAAAUAGUGUUUGUAAUUACACACACACACAUACAUACAUAUAUUCUGGAAAAAAAAAAAAACUUUUUAAGAUCCUUGGGUAUGUGUUUGCUUUACUCCAUUUCAGAAGAAAUUACUUUUCUUCUAAUAAAAAUUAUUUUAUAGCUUCUCCAUUUUUUAAAGUUAUGAGAAGUAUUGAGACGAGAGCCCUGUGCUAACAGAACAGAGUUGAAUUUGAUUCUCUGCUCUGUUAAAAAGAUCUCUCAUCACUUCACGGUAGUCACACGGGCCAGUGCAUGAGCUGUGUUGAGGAAUUCUGAGCCUGGACCUCUGAGGUUGUGAGGUGGCCAUCACCCACACCCAGACCUCUUGAGUAAGGAGAGGAAAGUUUAAUUGGUAAUAUAAGGAGAUUUCUUUCUAAACAACUGAAAGUAAUGAAAAGUUAAUUUUGUAAUUGUUACAACCUGUGUUCAGAUAUGCUUGGGACACAUCCAGAGCCCUGCUACAAGACUCAAGCUGUCCUUACAACAGUGUCACUCUUCUCAGUUGCCAACCCCAGGACCGUAGUGGGGUUUCACUGUCUAUACCAUGAGACAUUCAUUUUUCCUUGAACCUCAAGUGAACUAGAAAGUACAUCGUGAUGAUACUCUCAUUAGAUUUGAAAGGUACGUGUACAUCAGGUGUUUUUAGUGCCAGCACCCAGAACUUGACAGGCUCACUCACUCCCAUCAAAGGCCCUUGUCUUCUGUCCAUACAUGGAAUGGACAUUUCCCCCAAGGAGAUCAUCUCGAGGGUGACGCCCAGCGAGUCUGGGCCUGGUCCUCAGGGGACAGGCACAUUGCACUCACAGGCCUUCCUUCUCAGCAUCCAGCAGCUAACGAAUCCCUUGGUGUUGGUCCCACAAGGCUGUGUUCUGAAAAGAGAAUGUGUCUACCUUUGAAUCUCCUGGCUUGAAAGUAUAAACCAUUCCAUAAUUUUCACCUUAACUGUCCACCUGAAAACAAGUUCAUAUUCCCGACCAUUCUGUGUAAGCAAAACUAAACAAUUGGUGAAACAUUGUGUUACUCUUGAAAUGGACUCUAGCUCUUAUCUAAGUGGGGGCCAUCGGUCGAGAGUGACAUUAAAUCUUGGGGCAGAGACCUGCCCAGGUGGAUUAAAUUUUUCCAGGGCACUAGCGUGCCUUGGAUUGAUUACCUCUUCUACUGAAUUGAAAGGUGCCAUGUUUCCUGAAAUACUAAAUUCCCAACACCUGGGUAAACGGUGACCUCCCAGAGUGGCUCAUGUGUGCCUCUCCUGAGGACCAGCCCUGUGAACGUGUUUUGUCAUUUCGGUCUCGCGUUUCCACUUCACAAGUCAGUAAGUGUGUUUAAGGUAAGUGCGGGAUUAUUCUAGUAGGAAUAGGCAAUUGCUGUCAUGAUCAAUUCCCAUGUUGAUUUCAUUUUAUUGUAAAGAUAAAUUCAAACCCAGUUUUGCUUAAGCACAUUGAUGUAAUUUUUUGGUAUUAUUUGACAUGAAAAAAAGCAAAAUUGAGUGAUAGAUACAAUAUGAAACUUGUUGAUGAAUGAAUUCAAAUUUAUUAAAAAAGGACGAACUG